AUGGCAUCACUAGGCACCCCAAAAACAUGGAUUCCAUACGUGAACAAUAAAGACUGUUCUCAAGGAUUUUGUAGCUUAUAUUGCCCACAAUGGUGCUACAUCAUUUUCCCUCCUCCACCUCCUUCUGAAUUCCCUGAUGACAAUUCAAGUCCAAAUUUUUCUCCUCUUGUCAUCGCCAUUAUAGGCAUACUGGCCAGUGCUUUCCUUCUAGUAAGUUACUACACCAUAAUAUCUAAAUACUGUGGAAACAAUGAUUCUGCAAGGAGAAGGGAUCAAAAUCAUGGCCAAAAUGAGGAAUUUGAGGACGAUCAGAACCCAUCUCUCCACGAGCCUUGGCAUGCUGCAACAACUGGCUUAGAUGAGGCUCUUAUAAGGUCCAUCACAGUAUGCAAGUACAAAAAGGGAGAUGGUUUGAUUGAAGGGACAGAUUGCUCAGUUUGUCUCAGCGAAUUUCAAGAAGACGAGAGCAUAAGGCUUUUGCCUAAGUGCAGCCAUGCUUUCCAUUUACCUUGCAUUGAUACAUGGCUCCGGUCUCACUCGAAUUGCCCAUUGUGUCGUGCCAACAUUGUUUUCUUUAGUGCUUCCUUGCCUCAGUUGCCUCCUCCAGUGACUGAAACCCUUCAAGGCAACGAUUCUUUGCAGGACAGCCAACGAGCUAAUGAAAACGUGGCUGUUACACAAGACACAGAAAGGGUUGCUAGAGAUGAGCAAGUGAUGCAGAAUCCUGCGGGGGCUCCAAAGACUCCCUUGCGCGUAUUUAGUGAUUUGGGGAACUUGGAAGAGAGAGAUACCAUAAUUGAGAUGCGAGAUAUUGAUGGAUAUCAACGCAUUAGGAGAUCAGUUUCAAUGGAUCAUCCAUGUCAAAGCCACGCUUCCGUCGCUGAUAUUUUGCAGACGAAUCAGGAUGAAGUUGUUCAAGUAGAAGACUGUUCGGGAGAGGUGGGAUCAUCAAAACAUUCAGCAGAAGUCAGCAAAUGCAUGUCCAGCAGCAGAAGAGUCAUGCAUUGUGUACUCAAUCCUGUUACCAUGAAGAGAUCAUUUUCUAGCGGAAGAUUCUUCCUCACUGGGCAUGGAAGAAGAGUACGUGAGACCAUUAGUCCUGUUUAA